UCCUCGACAUGUCCGACUUACUUUAACAACCUUUACCGGUUAGGCGAUACUGAUCGGUGGUGAUCACCGGAGUUUUCAAUCCCCUCAAAAUCCGUUUUCACCGCCAUUGUCUUCGGUUUUAACUAAUGGCGAAAUCUCGAUCAAUCGUAGAGCUCAUUACUCGCUACGACCUCGGCGGCGUCGACAAGAUCCGAUCCCUACACCUCUCCCCUCCACACUCCGAUUCCCAAACCCUAGUCUACAUCGGCACCUCCUCCGGCUCCCUUCUCCUCCUCUCCCUCGACACUUCAACCAACAUCGUCGCUCGUCUCGGAACCACCGUAUCGCUCAGCGCCUCUCCGGUCGAGUCUAUCUUCGUACUUGGCGACGGAAGAGGGAAAGUUGUAGCGCUCUGUAACGGCUUCCUGUUUCUUGUGGAUUCGCUUUUAUCUCAACCCGCUAAGAGAUUGGGUGGGUUGUUGAAAGGGAUCAAUGUUGUGGCUAAGAGAGCGAGGAGGGAGGACUCGAGUAGUGCUGACUACUUGUUACCUUCUUCUUCAGAUGAGUCUAGCUCCAGCAACAAGUUUCUUCAGAUGCUUGGCGGUGGGAAUCGGGUUAGUGGUGUUAAAGGGAAUGAUGGAGGCUGUGUUUUCGCUGUUGCGAUUGGGGAGAGGAUUUUGUUGGUUGAGAUUGAAGAUGGGAAAGGUGAUUCCUUUGUUGUGUUGAAAGAGAUUGUGGGGAUUUUUGGUGGUGGGGUCAAGAGUUUGGUUUGGGUUGAUGAUUAUGUUGUUGCCGGGACUGAUAAUGGCUAUAGUUUGAUUUCUUGUGUUACUGGUCAAAGUGGGGUGAUAUUCACCUUGCCUGAUGUCUCUGCUCCCCCGCUGCUUAAGUUGUUGCGUAAAGAGUGGAAGGUGUUGUUGUUGGUGGAUAAUGUUGGAGUUGUUGUGGAUACCAAUGGUCAGCCGGUUGGUGGGAGUCUUGUGUUUCGUAGGAGGCCUGAUUCUGUUGGAGAGUUGUCUUUCUAUUUGGUUACUGUAGGGGAUGGGAAGAUGGAGAUACAUCAGAACAAGUCCGGUGCUUGUGUUCAGUCAGUUGGGUUUGGUCCUGAAGGGUGUGGGCCUUCGGUUUUGGCAGUUGAUGAGGCAGGAGAUGGGAACCUUUUGGCUGUUACUACAAUGUCAAAGGUUAUCUUUUAUCGUAGAGUGCCUUAUGAAGAACAGAUUAAAGACCUCUUGAGGAAAAAAAGAUACAGAGAAGCCAUCUCCCUGGUGGAGGAGCUUGACUUAGAGGGGGAAAUUUCGAAAGAUAUGCUUUCUUUUCUUCAUGCUCAGAUAGGGUAUCUACUACUAUUUGACUUGCGCUUUGAGGAAGCAGUGAAUCAAUUUUUAAAGUCAGAAAGCAUGGAACCUUCUGAAGUUUUUCCUUUUAUCAUGCGAGAUCCUAAUCGAUGGUCUUUGCAGGUUCCGAGAAACAGAUACUGGGGAUUGCAUCCCCCUCCUGCUCCUCUUGAAGAUGUUGUAGAUAAUGGGUUGGCGGCCAUCCAGAGAGCUAUCUUCCUAAGAAAAGCGGGAAUGGACACUCCGGUUGACGAAGAGUUUUCCUCAAACCCUCCAAGUAGGGCUGAUUUAUUAGAGUCAGCAAUCAAAAACAUGACAAGGUACCUCGAGGUCUCACGUGAGAAGGACUUAACUCACCCAGUAAGAGAGGGAAUAGACACGCUUCUAAUGCUUCUGUAUAGAGCAUUAAACCGUGUGGAAGAUAUGGAGAAUCUUGCAUCUUCUGUUAACAACUGUGUUGUGGAGGAGUUGGAGACUCUUCUAAAUGAAUCUGAACAUCUUCGGACACUUGCAUUCCUAUAUGCAAGUAAGGGGAUGAGUGCAAAGGCUCUUGCUAUUUGGCGUCUCUUUGCGAAGAAUUAUUCAUCUGGUCUGUGGCAAGACUCAGAUGACUUGGUGCCUUAUCUACACGAAAAUGAGCUCAUUAGGCUAUCUGGAAAAGAAGCUGCUGCUGCAGAAGCAGCCAGGAUUCUUGAGGAACCCUGUGAUCCAGAACUGGCACUGCAGCAUCUUAGUUGGAUUUCAGAUAUAAACCCAUUGUUCGCUAUUCAAGUCUUGACGUCAGAUAAAAGGACGGAAGAGCUUUUGCCAGAGAAAGUGAUCCAAGCUAUUGAUCCCCAAAAAGUUGAAAUCAUACAGAGGUACCUCCAAUGGUUGAUUGAAGAUAGAGACUAUAAUGACCCGCAGCUGCAUACAUCAUAUGCUCUCUCACUUGCCAAGUCAGCACUUGAGUGUGUUGAAAUUCAAAAUGGUAACCUAGAAACUGAUGCUAGAGGCAGAGAGGCACAUGAUUGCAAUGUAGGAAGUAUUUCUCUGUUUGAAAGUGAUGUGCGGGAAAGAUUGCAGACCUUUUUGCAAUCUUCAGAUCUAUAUGACCCUGAAGAAAUAUUGAAUUUGAUUGAAGGAUCAGAACUGUGGUUGGAAAAGGCCAUCCUAUACCGAAGGAUAGGACAGGAGACAGUGGUCCUUCAAAUUCUUGCUCUGAAGCUUGAGGAUUGUGCAGCGGCAGAGCAAUAUUGUGUAGAGAUUGGAAGACCAGAUGCAUUUAUGCAGUUACUUGAUAUGUACCUGGAUCCUCAAAAUGGUAAAGAGCCUAUGUUCAAAGCUGCUGUUCGUCUUCUCCACAACCAUGGGGAAUCACUUGAUCCUUUGCAAGUUCUGGAAAAACUGUCUCCUGACAUGCCCUUAAAACUGGCGUCAGAUACAAUUUUGAGAAUGCUGAGGGCUCGGGUUCAUCAUCAUCGUCAAGGCCAAAUCGUACACAAUGUCUCUCGUGCAUUGGAUGUGGAUUCAAGGCUGGCAAGAUUAGAAGAAAGAUCACGUCACGUGCAGAUAACUGACGAGAGCCUCUGUGAUUCUUGCUUCGCCCGCUUGGGAACCAAGCUAUUUGCUAUGUACCCUGAUGAUACGAUUGUGUGUUAUAAGUGUUACCGACGCCUUGGUGAAUCAAAGUCAGUAACUGGCCGUGACUUCAAGCGAGAUGCUCUGAUAAAACCCGGUUGGUUAGUGAACCGGUAG